AUGAAUAAGAAUCAAAUUCAAAAUAAUAAUCUUCGUAAACCAUCUAAUACUUAUUUAAGAACUGAAUUUAAUAAUACUUCAUAGAAUAAAGAUAACAGAUUUACUACUGAUCCAUCUCCCAAAAAAAUGAAUAAAGAAAAUAUUGUUAAGACCUCUUAUCUCAAAGCUACUCUAACAAAUCAUUUGAUUAAAUAAGAGCGUAACAUUACACCAACAUUACCAAAAAAUAGCGUAGUUAACUUGUUUAUAAAGUAAAAAUAAGAAGAAUAAGUAUAAGUUGUUGAAUCAAAAAAAAAUAUUUGUUAAACUCAUUAAAAGAAAUUUAAAUAUGAGUCUGAUGAUCAACAAAUGUGUAGCAAAUGUGUAAUUGAUUAUGCAAUUUAAUCUGGCUUACCAAUACGCUAUUAUGAUAUAGAUAAAAAAAUUUUGACUUUUGGUUAAGAAGAAGAUCAUGAUGAAUUUUAACAAUUUACCUCAAAUACAUCAAAAGAUCUUCAAUAUAUUUAGAAUAUUCAAACAUAAGCCAAUGGUAUAAUAAAAAAAAAAGAAAUUAAGGAUUUUGUAGUAAAAAUUGGAGAUGUUAUCAGUUAGAACAUGUAAUUUCUAAAAUUAAUUCAAUAACAUUAAAAUCAAUAUGAUAAUCCUAAAUAAUAAACAAAUAAAAUAUUAGAAGAACUUUAAUAAAUAAGUAAAUAAAUUAUUAUGGAUAUUCUUGAUAAAUAAAAAAAUUAAUCAAAAGAUUUGCUUAUGAAUGAUGCACCUUAAUAGAUUAAUUUAUCAAGUUUUAAAUCUAUAGUUUCUUAAUAGAUUAACGAUCUGUAGAAUAUCAAAAAGGAUAUUUUAGAAAAUGUUGAGAAUAUUAUAACUUAAAUGGAUAUAGCUCCAUUUAAAAUCAUAAUUAAUAAAUAUAAUGAAAAAUUAAGAACAUUUGAAAAUACUCUCUAUGAAAUUUAAGAAUAAUGUAUUUCGUAUUUUUAGUAGUAGAUAAAUAAUUUCCUAAAUAGAUUGAAGAUUAGGGAUAUACAAAAAAAAUGAGAGAGUUCAAUUUUUAAAAGAAAUUAUCAAAGUUGUUUGCAGAAUUGAUGCAAAAUCAUCUUUAAAAAUCCAUUUAAUUAACAGAUUAGAGUACAAAUAACAAUAAUUUAUUAAUUAGUUAAUAAUAAUACAAAAUUUUUGCAAUUAUUAUAAAAAGUGAAUACAAAUUAAAAUACAAAUACAAUAUUCUAUCAAUCAAUUUUAAAAGUAAGAAUUAAAUAAAUUUAAGGAUAUAAAUUCAGAUGAAAAACCUAAAUAAAUAAAGACUAAACUAAAGACACAAGAAUGA